AUGAGGAAUUUUAAAAGCAAGACAGAGCGUCAAAACUGGGAUCCACUUCAAAUGGCUAAAGCGAUAGAAGCUGUGGAAAUCCACAAGUCACCACUGUUGACAGCAGCUAAUGAUUACAACGUAUCGAGGAACACUCUACGUCGUCGAAUUGAGUUGUACAGACAAUGUCCUGAUAUGGAUAUGGUUCUCAUCAAAGGUGAUGAACCAGGGAACUCACCACCUUCCAAUGAUCCAAAUGAGGAGAGGGGUGAAGAUGAGGCGGACUUGAACUCAUCGACUUCUAUACCCCAGCACAAGGAAGAUUCAUCUCCGACCAAUUCAGAAUCGGGCCAUUCUGUGGAAGACGGUAUUAGAACUGAUGAGACACUAAUGCCGGGACCAUCACAUGCUAAUGUUGAAGAGUUACCACCUACAAGACCUAUGCGAAAGGUACACUUGGAGCAUCAUGUAAUCAAUCAGGGAGGGGCAAGUUCAGAGAGUGAAUCAGAGGAUGGCGAUACAGGCUCGCAACAGACUCCACUAAACUCAGAAUUUAAAGGAAAAUUGAUUAAGAAGAAGGUGGGACAGAAUCGUCCCUUUCAAGUUACACCAUCAGCACUGGAGCCUGUUCCUGUUGCUCGAGAUCAAUCGACACGCAAGAGACGUACUAGGGGGAAGAACGCGGUUCUUACAGGCGAGGAAUAUCUGUCUGCGUUGGAGGCUAAGAAGAAAGGAGCGAAUGAGAUAGAGGAGAACAAGAAGAAGUGUCAAUCUAAGAAAAAUCAGAAGAGCAAAGGAAAAAGCGCGAGAACAAAAUCCAGUCUGCCUCAGAAGAAGCAAAAGAAGGUUCUAGAAGUUGAAGAUGAGCGAAGGCCUAUUGCGAAGGCCUCGGCUCCGAGUCAACCGAUCGGUGGAUCGAGUGUGAGAAAUGCCACAAUUGGUGUCUUACUUCAUGUGCUGACAUUUCAUCAAAUGACGAGGACCCCGACUUCAUCUGCGAC